AUGCUCCCACCCAUUUCGUUCGGCCCGGAGGAUCCGUGGUUCGACAAGGUCGAAGAGAGUCCUCCAAUGGUCAUAACGGCCAGAGUAGAAACCGGUCUCGUCAAACGAAUCCUUGUAGAUACAGGGGCAGACUCGAACAUCAUGUUCCGCAAUGUGUUCGAUGCUUUGGGCCUAACAGACGCCGACCUACAGACGCACCAGCACGGUGUCGUAGGGCUCGGCGACCAUUUCAUCAAGCCGGAUGGCAUAAUCACCCUGUCGAUCUCAUUGGGACAAGGCCAUGCGAGAAGAACGGUAAUGGUCGAAUUUGUGAUCCUACGGGACUCCACCGCCUACAACAUCAUCCUGGGGAGAAAGACAAUCAACGACCUAGGAGGAGUCAUCAGCACGAGGAUGUUAGUAAUGAAGUUCAUAACUGAAGAAGGGUCAGUAGGGUCUGUGAGGGGAGACCUGGAAACGGCAGUCGCCUGCGACAACGCCAGUCUCUCGUUAAGAAAAAAGUCUAAAGAGGCAUCGGGAGUAUUUCUCGCUGACCUGGAUGCCAGAGUUGACGACAAACCAAGACCCGAACCCGAAGGGGACCUGGAGAAGUUUAGGGUCGAGAACUCGGAGGAAAAAUUCACGUUCAUGAAUAGGAACCUCCCCCAUGAGUUAAAAAAAUCUUUGCUGGAAAUGAUCAGAGCCAAUGGCGAUUUGUUUGCCUGGACACCUGCCGACAUGCCGGGCAUAGACUUCGGACUCAUGUCACACCGCCUAACCAUUAAACCGGAAGCCAAACCAGUGGCCCAAAGAAGAAGAAAAAUAUCUCAGGAGAGGGCAGAGGAAGUGGCCAGACAAAUGGCCCGCCUCCUUGAGGCAGGGUUUAUCCGAGAACUAGACUAUUCUACCUGGUUGUCAAAUGUGGUCCUGGUGAAAAAGCACAAUGGGAGAUGGAGGAUGUGUGUAGACUACUUUGAUCUCAACAAGGCGUGUCCCAAGGACUGCUAUCCCCUCCCCAACAUUGAUGCACCCGUUGACGCGGCCGCGGGCAACCUCAUCGGCGAGACAGUGGAAGUUUAUGUGGAUGAUAUCCUCGCAAAGACCACCCGCCCUGACGAUCUCAUAAGCGACCUGGAGAACGUGUUCGCAUCCCUCCGACAACACGGCAUGAGGCUCAACCCGCUUAAGUGCGCCUUUGCCAGGGAGGCCGGAAAGUUCCUGGGAUUCAUGAUAAACCAGAGGGGAGUGGAGGCCAACCCUGAAAAAUGCCAAGCAAUACUCCAGAUGAGGAGUCCGGGUUGCAUCAAAGACGUUCAGCGGCUGACGGGAAGGCUCACAGUGUUGUCCCGUUUCCUCGGUGCAUCGGCAGCAAAGGCCCUACCCUUUUUCGCUUUGAUGAAGAAGGGAAUGGCAUUUGAGUGGAUCCCUGCGUGCGAAGAAGCUUUCAACCGCUUCAAAGAGAUUCUGGCGGCACCCCCAGUGCUCGGGAAGCCCAAAGCCGGAGAACCACUUUAUCUGUACCUAGCCAUAACAAAAGGGGCGCUUGCAGCGGUGUUGGUGCGCGAAGAAGGGAAGGCCCAACAACCAAUCUACUUUGUGAGUAGAGCGCUGCAAGGGGCAGAACUUAGAUACAGCAAGCUGGAGAAGCUGGCACUGGCACUCCUGGUCUCCUCCCGCCAAUUACGACAAUACUUCCAGAGUCACCAGGUGGUCGUGAGAACGGACCAGGGGAUUCGUCAGGUGCUCCAAAAACCUGAUCUGGCGGGAAGGAUGAUGACCUGGGCCAUCGAACUAUCCCAAUACGACCUAGGUUACGAGCCCCGACACGCGAUUAAGGCGCAAGCAAUGGCAGACUUCCUGGUGGAAGUAACCGGGAAUCCAACCGAGGACACGGACACACGGUGGAAGCUCCAUGUAGACGGAGCCUCCAACCAGACGUCCGGAGGUUCCAGGAUCAUCUUAGAAAGCCGGCCGGAGUCAUCUAUGAACAAUCGGUUAAGUUUGAGUUUUCUGUAUCGAACAACCAAGCAGAAUACGAAAGCCCUCCUAGGGGGUUUGGUUCUAGCUCAGGAAGUUGGGGCCAAGAGGCUGGAAGUAUGCAGUGACUCGCAAGUCGUCACUUCGCAAGUGAAUGGAAGCUACCAAGCCAGAGACUCACUGCUACAGAAAUACUUAGAGAGGGUCAAAGAGCUGAGCAAACAAUUUGAAGAGGUCACGGUCCAACACGUUCCAAGGGAGAGGAACACACGGCCAGACCUCCUAUCCAAGCUGGCGAGCACAAAACCCGGAACCGGCAACCGCUCCCUCAUCCAAGGCAUCGCGAAAGAGCCAGCAGUUGCCCUACACCUGACCAAAAUAGGCCCUUCUUGGAUGGACUCCAUCGCUGACUUCUUGGAAAACGGCAAACUCCCCCAGGACGAAAAGGAAGCUAAAGCGGUGAUAACCCGUUUUGGCAUCCCAGAGAUCGUCAUUUCAGAUAACGGGAUGCAAUUCACUGACAAGAAGUUCACAGAAUUUCUCACCGACCUGGGGAUAAAACAGAAGUUCUCCUCAGUUGAACACCCCCAAACAAACGGGCAAGUUGAGUCUACAAAUAAGAUCAUCUUACUAGGUCUUAAAAAGCGUUUAGAUAGCAAAAAAUGCACAUGGGCCGACGAGGGAAACCCCCUUCCGCUUAACAUACGGAGUCGAGGCAGUAAUACCCGUGGAGAUCGGUGA